AUGCAACAAAGAGGGGACCUGGCCUUCUUCAUGUCUCGUGCAAAAAGGGUGAUUAACACUGACUACGACAGCCUGGUGGGCGUCGUGCUCUUCAACCACUUAGAGGUGGACUUCGACGUGAAGCCCAGUGACCGCGCCGCAUGGAUGAUCGUCCAUGUGAUCACGAUGCUGGAUGUCGCCGAGGUGGAGGACAUCGACGCCAUCUUUCGGGGUGAGGGAGGAUUCGGGUCCUCCGGAGUCUGA